AUGGUGUCAGUGGUUUAUUUAAUCGGCAUUAUCUUUUUUAUCAUUUCAGGUGUGAUAUCCUGUCCUCGUGGUUGUGCUAGUUGUUCUCCAGUCAACGGUUGUGUGACGUGUGAAUCGCAGUAUUUUAUGUUCCUAUAUAGACAGAAUAUACGUCAGAUUGGUAUUUGUACACCAAGUUGUCCUGUUGGGUACUAUGGUGUUAGAUAUCAGUAUUAUAAUAAAUGUAACAGAUGUCAUAUUCAACAUUGUCAAGCCUGUUUCAGUCGUCAUUAUUGUACUAGAUGUGAAACGCCAUAUUUAGCAUUCCAAGGUCAAUGUAUAGAGAAAUGUCCUAAUAACACUCAUUAUGCUAAUUAUUCUAAAGAAUGUCGCGAUAGAGUUGAUUGUAUGGUUGGGCCCUGGAGUAGUUGGUCUCAUUGUGCUCGCAAUGGCGUAACUUGUGGCUACAAAUAUGGUUUCCAAACGAAAACAAGGUUGGUACUCGAGUACCCGUCUAUUAAUGGAGCCAGAUGUCCGUCUUUGGUUGAUACGAGAAGUUGCUUGAUGGCACGACGACACUGUAGUGGUAGGAGACAUUUUAGCCAUUUAACGUUUUCAUGUAUCUGCUAUAAAUUUCUAUUGGCACGAUUUGGUUUAUUUUGCCCAAAUAUCAGAAUAUAA